GUGCGGGUUGUUUGAUCGUUAAUGGGAAUUUAGCAGUAGUUAUCUUCAUCAGCAGCAGCUUCUCCUCCUCCUCCUCCUCAGCUUUGUCUUUUGCAUUACUUCAGUACCCCUCUGACUGCUUGAAGUUCUUCCUAGGAACACCCCAGGGUCCUGUAUUGUCCAAGAUCACCAUGAGCAGCCCGAAGAUGAUGAAGGGCAGAAGCUAGCAUGUGUAACCCUUGUCUUCCUCCCUCUCUCUUCCCUAGGAUCGCAAAGGGAGAGAUGCAGAGGGCGAGGAAAUGGCAGGCAGUACUGGCCAUCUCCUUCUUGCUGGUCACCUCCUCUGUCCAGGGCAUCAGUGAAGCGCAGUCUGGAGAGAGGAGAACUCUUCUAGAUCUUAUUGUGCAGGUCAUUGGGGACAGUAGCACUAGCAGAGAAAGUGGCAAAGUCAUUACCAGGCGGUACAGCGAGGGGACUGCUUACUCUACAGAGCAUGGUGGCAACCACAGACUGUCCUCCAGGGAGAGAACUUCUCCAAGGACCAGCAGCAAGAGACCUUCAGAAACAUUUUCCAGCGAUUUCAACCUUAAAGAAAAGUUCUUAAAUCAUUUGACAGGUGCCCUGCGUGCUACACACCUAACUCCCGAGGACACUAUUCCGUCCCAUCCCUGGUCACCAUUGAGGACAGCAGGUCGAGUAGUAGUCUCAGCAGAAUGCAGAAUGCAAUUCUAUCGACUCUACCACAACACAAAAGACUGUUCAAUACCAGCUUUAUACAUGAGAUGUUGCAAGGAUGCUAACACGGUUGGCUAAAAGCCACUAGUGCUCACAAUCCUCAAAAGUAAAUAUUAUGUGACCUACUAAAACAGAACUCUGAUUUGCCAAGAAUGUGCCUUGAAAUCGGACGUCUAUACCAUGAUGAUCUGAGUUACUGUUUUUCAUUGAAAGCAUCUUUUUCUUUAAGUUGAACAUUCCAUAGUCAUGUGCAUAAAACAUUUUUUAUCACAUUGCCCAGGGCCGAAAAGAAAUUUAGCUAUUUAUAUAAUACUUUGUAUAUAAUAUUUACUAAUGAUAUACUAAAUAUAUAUUAUAACCACUUGCAG